CACUAGCAAGCUCUCGUGCCAGAAACAUCCGUCAGAGCUUGUGCUCGGUGCUCGCUCUCGUCCGCGAGAGCUGAAUUUCACGGAAACGCGCGACGUGUCCACUCCAUUCGACGCCCGCUGUCACGAAUCGCGGAAAAGCCGCUACGGCCUCUCUCUCUCUCUCUCUCUCUCUCUCUCUCUCUUUCUUUCUCUCUCUUUUUCUCUCUUUUUCUCAUUCUUUAUCUCUUCCUCUCUCUGUCUCUCUCAUUCGUUUUCCGCGCGUCCAGGUCGAUAGCGCGCUCGCGACCAGGUCGAUGGAGUGUCGGGCGUGACCUACGAGUGAGUGUCGUGAGCCUCGGGGCCAGUGCGUAGGCGUCCGUGACGUCAGUUAGUGAAGCAACGGGACGUGUUUGGACGCGAACAGCAGGCGCAUGUUGUUUCCGAUACGGUGAUUUCCGCUGGUCGACCACGGUACCACGGGUAGUGGUUCUAGUGAUGCGUGAACGCGGUGCUGGGACUUGGGACCAGCCGCGAUGAGUGACUGCUGAGACCAGCGUUAAUACUGAUCGGACAAUUGGAGCAAGAGUUGUUCGGAAACGUUGAAGGUGAACAGGAACAGAGGUGGUCGAGUGAUACCUUUGAAUUCUCGACAAGUGCACCUCUGGACAGUGGAGAGACAGUCUAAGAAGCCCGCUGUCGAGGAGGACAGGUAUCGUUGCUAUAGUGAGUGCUUAGUCAGUGCCAGUGAUAACAACACGAGAGUGUCGAAUUGGGAGCACACCUGGAAGCGCCCUGUACCUAGUGAAAGGCGAUCUGCGAAGAUGCGGCGGUCUUAAUCACGACGUCGACCAGUUGGUCACCGUUGGUCCCGGCAAAGUGGGUUGUUCAACCGGGAAGCGUACGAUAAUCGUACGAUGAUGCCGCUCGCGCCGACGCCAAUCGUCCCGGUGCCAUCUAAGCCGAAGAUCGGCUUUAGCAUCGACUCGAUAGUUGGUGGUGGCGGUCAGGGUCGCGAGGAUCGUCUAGACCGGCUAGAACGUGUCGAGAUUGAACGCGACGAUGGCAGUCCGAUGGAAGUGGUCGAGGACUCGUCGUCGCCACGGGCGCGCCGAGUAGCCGUAAGAUCACCCGGCGCUCACUCCGAGGGCUCCGACAGGCCAAUCUCCCGGAGCUCUUCCGUCGAGUCGUACCCCAACUCGCGGCGGACACCGUCGCAUGCCAGCAGCGCUGGCGGCGGCCACCAUCACCACGGAAAUCACCACGGCCAUCAUCACCCACACCACCAUCAUCACUUAUCGACGGCCGGGCAUCUGGACUUCGGCCGUACGACUGUGCACAGCCACAGCGGUGGCUCCACACCCAAUAACAGUCCCAGUCCGCCGCACAGGAUAUCGCAUGGCGACUCGCCGAUCGGCACACAUCCUCAGCCACCCCCUGGAGUGGUCAGACCCAGCCCGAACUACCUCGCGCCACCGUCCAGCGCGGCGGCAGUGGCGGCCGAGCAGCUCAAGUCCAUCUACGGACUGCCCGGCCACAAUCCAGCCGGCCCGCAGACCGGCCAAAACGAGUACCACACGCAGCAGUUGGCUUUAGCUGCGAAUCUGGCCGCGGCCCAGGCUAAUUUUCAAGCUGCAAAUCUCGCAGUCGCGCUUCAAGCGCAUCACGGUGGCGCACCACAUGGACCUCCUCACGGGCCUUAUCCGCACGGUGGUACUCCGGCAGGACCACAUCCGCCGCCGCAUCCCCAUCAGACGCCUAGAGACAGUUACCCCCUGUAUCCCUGGUUGCUCUCCAGGCACGGCAGGAUCUUUCCUCACAGAUUCGGAGGUCCCGACAUAUCCGGCUUCCUGCUGCAGCCCUUUAGGAAACCGAAGAGAAUAAGGACAGCCUUCAGUCCGAGCCAGUUGCUGAAGCUGGAGCACGCGUUCGAAAAGAAUCACUACGUCGUGGGCGCGGAGAGGAAGCAGUUGGCGCAGGCAUUGUCGUUAACGGAGACACAGGUGAAAGUAUGGUUCCAAAACCGACGAACGAAACACAAGCGCAUGCUGCAGGAGGAAGACGCGAAAACCCAACAACAAUCCGGCGGCGGAGGCGGCGGCGGCGGUGGCGGCGGCGGCGGCGGUGGCGGUAACGGCAACGGCAACGGCAAUGGCAACGGCAACGGCAACCUCAGCAGCAACAAUAAAAACACCCACCACGUCAGCAAGUGGCAGCAAGAGACCGGCGACUACCACCAUGACGACGAGGAGGAGGAAGAGCACAUCGACCCAGAAGCCGAGGAGUGCUCGAGUGGUUCCGAAGCGUAGCUAGACGUCCUCUGCCUGGAUUAGGAUCCAGGAUCGAGCAGAAUAUCCUAUUGAUCGUAGGCGGGAGCCAUUCGAGGAGUCGCUCAGCGGAUCGAUGCGAAUCCUGGUCGUUCCCGGGAAAGAGAGGAGAGUCUCCUUCGGGUCCCGUCGGGGGAUCACGUCCACUAGUCGGGACGAGACUAUCGACUGGGCCCGCUAAGAUUUGGCACAAGAAGCAAUCAGUAGUGAGUAAGAGCCCACGUGAGUGGUCGGAUCGAGAAUGUCGCGCGAUCUCGCUCGAGAAUCGCGGUCGAGGCUUCGGGUAUGAGGCCCAAUGAGGCGAAAGCUGAGAGAGUGAUCAAUCUCAUCGACGUAACCGCUUCUCGCUGGCGCACACGGGAGAUCGUUGGAGAUUACCUGGGUCUCGUCCGUUUGACUUGACUCGUCGUGUCCCGAGAUGCAAACACGGGGUACGUCGUCACGUUGCAUUCGUUUCGCCCCGAGGAGAUUUCAGGAACGGUUCGUAGGAGAAGUGCACGGCUGAGCAGCCGGCCAGGACAUUCGGGACUUGCAGAUCGUGAUGAAUUGACACGUUUAAAGCGUCCACGGCGAGUCUGGAUGUCAUGGCCGUCGACGACAGAGUGAUACGAGUGACGCUGUGCGUCAAUGCUGUGUGGCAACGAGAGAAUGCCGUGGUCGAUGAGAAUGCUUCCUGUGCAGUUUGGGACGAGGACAACGCACGUGUAAGACAUGUAAUGACCAGAACCCUUUCGCUUGUCACGACAACGAUGUGGAGAUGGAGGGAGACGUCUUAGAGAACGCGACUUCGUGGACGAGGAUGAACUCCCGCGCGAGGCUAUGACAGGUAGAGGACGAGGAAAUGAGGGAGAAAAUAGCAAGAGAGAAAGAGAGAGAGAAAAAGAGAGACAGAGAGAGAGAGAGAGAGAGGGAGAGGGAGAGGGAGAGAGGAGGAAAGCAAUAACGGCGUGAGAAAGCGAGAGAACAACGACGAACAGCGAUGAUCGCGAAGCAAGAAGGCAAAAGGCGCGAUGAGCAGGAGUUAAUAAACGGGAAAUUGUGCCGGGCGCAAAAGCAGGCAGCCAAGAGGAUCACUCGAGUGCAAUCGAAAGCGAUGAUUCGACUCGCCGCACUUCGUCUAGCGACCGGAGGCUGCCGGGGUCGUGGCUACGAGGAGGAGCAAGGGGGAGAAUGCCUGACCCCGCGAGAGUCUGACCCUGAGGAGCCUUUCCAUCAGCGAAAUCGCUGAUCUGCGGGGAGGACUCGGCGAGUCUUGUACCGAACUUGCCAGAUUAGUCGAUAGGCGAUGUUGAGGGAGGCCUGCCUUUUUCUUCCUCUCCUUCUUCUUCUUAUUCCUCUCCGUCCCUCGGAGAGGGGAUCGCGACGUGGCUGCACGGGCUCUUCGUGACCGUGCCGCGGCCGUGGCCGAAGGCCGGGGAACGAUCGCGCGGAGAUACGUAAAUAUCCCCGGGAUUAGAGAGGCCCGUUCUGCCCGGCCAGAGACGGGCACCCCGGCGGGCGGGCGCGUGGAAAAAGCGACCGGAGGAAUCGAAGGCGUUCAUCGGAAGCCGGCUAAUGGAGGCAUUGUCUGCGGGAGAAACGACGGGGCUAAAUGGACGCGCAUCCGGCGGAAACGGCGGCGCUCGCCGCCAUCGGGCCACGAUCGAUGCGGACUUCGGCCGGACUCGAUUAUUUCGCGGCGACUCUCGCGAUCCUGUGCUUCCUGUGCAUUGGUUGGCGGCGGAUUCCCCGAGGCCGACGAGUGAUGCUCGCGCGGGACUCUCGUCGAUAUACACGGAAACGUGUUCUCCUGACCGAAGGGCGGCCCGGGGAGAGGAGGAGGUUAACGCGAAGCGACGAUCGAUCGAGCGUCGCCGGCCGCCGCCGAUUGCGCGCCGCGCGCUCACGCUCAUCUUGCCAUAAAAGAACCGCCAUAAAAGACUAACUCCGCGUCGCCCAGGAUCAUGUAAAUAGAGCGUAGGUGAAAGGAGCGGGAGCAGGGGAGAGGCUACAGAGACCGCGAUCGCCGAUCACUUCCGGUAACGGAAGUCCCGGCGUUGUUCCUCUCGUGAGACUGUAGACGUGUGCCGAGAGGGGAGUGUAAAUAGACAGAGCCAGGACGAGAUGCGCGUAAACAGAACGAGAAAAAAAAAGAAACAGAGAACGAAACAGAACGAGCGAGUUGAAAGAGAGUGCCAAACUUCGUACCCCUUCCUCCCCCCACCUCCCCUCUCCCCGGCCCCUUUUAGAGAAAGAUCCCAGUGUAAACUCGAGUUGUACUUUGCAGUUGUAUUUAAGUCGUUGUUCUACACGAGCGAGCAGUAUUCCUUUCGCGUAUCCGGUGUCCGAGAUCGAUGUCCGAGAUAAAGAAAGUAAAAGAAAAAAAGAAGUACUGACGAUUUAAAUUAUUAUUGCUAAACAUUAGACACACACACACACGCGUACAAGCAUACACACAUACACACACACGCUGGAUCUCCUGCGCCGCGGUAAAGGCAAAGUCGCAAAGUGCACGGAAUCACCGAUCGCUUGCUGUUCAUAAUAUUAACAUGUCGACGUGUUUGUUUAUCUCGACAUCUUAAUAUUACGCAGCGAACGUGAUGGUCUCGCAGCUCGGCGAUCUCGCGGGACAAUUUCGGCUCGCUGGGCGCGCAAUGAGCGCGUCUUCGUAAGAGUUUUGCGUGAAAGCGUCGUUCUUACUUAUUGUAUCGGCCGUUCUUACACGCCGAGCGAAACUUGCGCGCUGGACCGCACGCGCGGCGCAGGACUUCCGCCAUGUAAAUAAUACUGUAAAUAGGAAAAUGUGAUUUUACUCGACGUACACAGAAGCAUCGAAUUGUAUUAUCAAAUGACUCGGUUCGUGUUCUAACGAUAUAGUGAAAUAAAUUAUAUGAUCACACUACGA